AUGAGCUCCAGAAUCUAUAUUUUGUUCGGAAUUUUCCUGAUUUCCUUUGGAGUUCACGCGUCAAACACCUACUGUCAUGAUUGUCAGCUUAUGAUCAAUCAGUGCAAGAGUUUCUUCAAGAACGACUUCCGAUUGGUCACCUCGGAUGAGCUGCUCAAAGAGUUGACCUAUUUGUGUGAUCAGAGUUUCGCCGGAUAUGAUAAUACUCAAUGCAAGACGAUAAGCAACGCAAAUGUGGGCUUGAUUCUGAGCGAUUUAAAGAAUGGGAUCUCGCCGUCAAAAAUCUGUGCACACAUUCAAAUGUGC